CCGGUGCUCCCUUUGUGUCGGCUCUGGAUUCGCCGCCCCGGGCUUUGCUUGGGAAACCUAAGCUGCUGGGACCGAGGGCAGAGAACCAACUCCCCGCCUUGGUGUUUUCAGCCACUUUAAAUUUUUUUUGAAGUGUGGGGGGGACCCCGUUCCGACCUGGAUUUACCAUUCUUGGCCCCUCUUUGGCCCCCCCCGUGUGGGGGGCGGUUGUGAUCGUCCUGGCGGGUGGAGGUCGGGGAGCGGCCGGAGCUGUGGCCAUGUUCUCGGGUGAAGAUUUCUGGAUCGCCCUGUGAAGAGGUCUCCCCGGAAGGGCAUUGCCCAGUCGGAGAGAGGAAUGGACGACCCGAAGCCCUCUGGUGAAGAUAAAGAUUCAGAGCCGGCAGCUGAUGGGCCUGAAGCCUCCGAAGAGUCAGGCCCCACUGAGCCAGACCCCCCCAAUCCACCUUUGGGGGAUGCCUCUGUCCACAGCGCAGGGAGCCCCAAGCCCCAGGACACUCCCCAGGACUGCAGCAAGGGCCCACUUCGGCGCUGUGCCUUCUGUAACUGUGGGGAAUGGAGUCUCCAUGGGCAGCGGGAGCUGCGGUGCUUUGAACUUCCACCAGACUGGCCCCUGGAUCCGGCAGUGCCACCUGGGGGGCCUGGACCUGGAGAGUCAGUACCACCCAGUGAUGAUCUGUCCCAGAUUGGCUUCCCUGAGGGCUUGACACCUGCCCAUCUGGGAAAGCCUGGUGGACCUUGCUGGGCUCACCAUUGGUGUGCAGCAUGGUCAGUGGGAGUACAGGGCCAAGAUGGGCUGGAGUUGCAUGGAGUGGACAAGGCCAUCUUCUCAGGGAUCUCUCAGCGCUGUUCCCAUUGCUCCAGGCUGGGAGCCUCCAUCCCCUGCCGAUCGCCUGGAUGCCCACGACUCUACCACUUCCCCUGCGCUGCUGCCAGCGGUUCCUUCCAGUCUAUGAAGACUCUGCAGCUGUUGUGUCUGGAGCAUGGCGAGGAGGCUGCACAUCUGGAGGAUGCUCGUUGUGUGGCAUGCGGUGUGGGUGAGCUUCGAGACCUGCUCUUCUGUACCAGCUGUGGGCAACACUAUCAUGGGGCCUGUCUGGACACUGCCCUGACUGCACGAAAACGUGCUGGUUGGCAGUGCCCAGAUUGCAAAGUGUGCCAAACCUGCAGGCAGCCCGGGGAGGAUUCCAUGAUGCUCGUCUGCGAGGCAUGUGAUAAGGGCUACCACACAUUCUGCCUGAAGCCAGCUAUUCAGAGCCUGCCCCCUGAUUCGUGGAAGUGCAAGACAUGCCGGGUGUGCCGAGCCUGUGGGGCGUGCCCAGCAGAGCUGGAUCCCAACUGCCAGUGGUAUGAGAAUUACUCACUGUGUGAGCGGUGCCAGGGGCAGCAGAACACCCAGGGCGGGAGGAUGGGCAGCCCUGAUACCGAGCAGAACCCCCCUGUCUGUAACAAAUAUUCACCACCAGAGCCUGGCAUUGCCUCCAUUGGUAUACCUGAUGAUCCUGAUAAUGCAUGCCAGGAACAGCUGGAGGGUGGGGAGGAAGAAGCCUGUACAAAGUCUGAGGAACCAGGGCCACUGCAGUGUGAAGCCAAACCACUAGGGCAAACAGGGACCCAAGUUGAGUCCCCACCUGAGGUCCCAUCCCCACCUGAGGUUGCCCCCCUUGAUGAGGAGAUGCCACUGGAGCCCUUGUUCCUACCCGAGGAACCACUCUUGUCACCUCAGCUACCACCAACAGAUCCUCCCCCUCCUCCACUCUCUCCUGCCACUGCUGUAGCCCCACCAUCCUUGUCUCCCUUGGGGGAGCAAGAGGAGCUCCCUGAUGCCAAAGGGGACAGUGAGCCAGGAACCCCUCCAGAGGUCCCUAUCCUAGACACGCCCAUCAGCCCCCCUCCAGAAGCCAGCUGCUUUGAACCAGAGCCCAUUGCUCCCAUCGAUUUGACUCCUUCUCCAGCCUCCCCUGAAGAACUGGGAGAACUGAAUUCUCCCAUUCCUCUAGAGCCCCCUCCUCCACAGUGCUCCCCUCUGCCAUUAGCCCCUUCUCCCCUGGGCUUCCUGGAGAAGGCACCAGAAGCCCUGGAUGAGUCUGAGUCACAGGAGAUGGAGACAGAACCGGAGUGCCCAGCUCUGGAGCCUAGUGGGAUCAGCCCCCCAGCCUGCCCUACAGGAGACCUCUCCUGUCCUGCCCCCAGCCCUGCUCCAGCCCUGGAUGUCUUUUCUAGUCUGGGUGAGGACACAGUCUGUCUCGAUGAGACGGAGGCUACUGGUCCAGAGCCAGAGACUGGACAGACCUCCGGCAGUUCAGGUAGUGAUCCUAAAGGCUCUCCCUUGCUCCUUGACCCUGAGGAGCUGGCCCCUGUGACCCCUAUGGAGGUCUAUGGUUCUGAUGGCAAGCAGGCUGGGCAGAGCUCACCUUGUGAAGAGCCUGAGGAGCCAGUCGCCCCACCAGUGCAUACCCCUCCCACCCUCAUCAAGUCUGACAUUGUCAAUGAGAUCUCCAACCUGAGCCAAGGUGACGCCAGUGCCAGCUUCCCAGGCUCUGAGCCUCUGCUGGGCUCCCCAGACCCCGAGGGGGGUGGCUCACUCUCCAUGGAGCUAGGUGUGUCCACCGAUGUCAGCCCUGCGCGGGAUGAAGGCUCCCUUCGGCUCUGUACCGAUUCACUGCCUGAGACUGAUGACUCCUUACUUUGUGAUUCUGGAGUGGCUGGAGCUGGCGGCAAGGCUGAGGGCGAUAAGGGGCGACGACGAAGUUCCCCUGCCCGCUCCCGUAUCAAACAGGGUCGUAGCAGUAGUUUCCCAGGAAGACGUCGACCUCGGGGGGGUGCCCAUGGAGGAAGGGGGAGAGGACGUGCCCGGCUGAAGUCAACCACUUCCUCUGUGGAGACUCUGGUAGUUGCGGACAUUGAUAGCUCUCCCAGCAAAGAGGAGGAGGAGGAAGAUGAUGACACCAUGCAGAAUACUGUGGUUCUCUUUUCCAACACCGACAAAUUUGUCCUAAUGCAGGACAUGUGUGUAGUGUGUGGUAGCUUUGGUCGAGGGGCGGAGGGCCACCUCCUGGCCUGCUCUCAGUGUUCACAGUGCUACCAUCCUUACUGUGUCAACAGCAAGAUUACCAAGGUAAUGCUGCUGAAGGGCUGGAGAUGUGUGGAAUGCAUCGUGUGUGAGGUGUGUGGCCAGGCCUCUGACCCAUCUCGCCUUUUGCUCUGUGAUGACUGUGACAUCAGUUACCACACCUACUGUCUGGAUCCCCCGCUGCUCACAGUGCCCAAGGGUGGCUGGAAGUGCAAAUGGUGCGUGAGUUGCAUGCAGUGCGGGGCCGUUUCACCAGGCUUCCACUGCGAGUGGCAGAACAGCUACACGCACUGUGGGCCCUGUGCCAGCCUGGUGACCUGUCCGGCGUGUCGUGCUCCUUAUGUAGAAGAAGAUUUGUUAAUCCAAUGCCGUCAUUGUGACCGGUGGAUGCAUGCUGGUUGUGAGAGCCUAUUCACUGAGGAAGAGGUGGAACAAGCAGCGGAUGAAGGCUUUGAUUGUGUCUCCUGUCAGCCCUAUGUGGUGAAGCCUGUGGUGCCCAUUGCACCACCAGAGCUCGUGCCUGUGAAGGUGAAGGAGCCGGAGCCCCAGUACUUCCGCUUUGAGGGAGUAUGGCUGACGGAGACCGGCAUGGCUGUACUUCGAAAUCUGUCCAUGUCCCCCCUCCACAAGCGGCGUCAGAGGCGUGGGCGGCUCGGCCUCCUAGGUGAGGGCGGGCUAGAGGGGCCGGAGCCCUCGGACCCCGGCGGCCCCGACGACAAGAAAGAUGGGGACCUGGAUGCUGACGAGUUGCUGAAGGGCGAAGGGGUCGGUGUGGAGCACAUGGAGUGUGAGAUCAAGCUGGAGGCCCCUGCCAGCCCUGAUGGGGAGCCUGGCAAGGAAGAGACUGAUGAGGGCAAAAAACGCAAGCGAAAACCCUACAGGCCUGGCAUUGGGGGCUUCAUGGUUCGACAACGCAAAUCUCAUGCUCGUCUGAAGAAAGGGCCUGCUGUGUUGGUGGAAGUGUUGAGUGGGGAGGGCCAGCCCGAUGAGGUUGUGACAGUCGACCCACCUACAGAGGGUGCAGUGGAGCAGAGCCCCGCUGAAGGUGAUGAGAAGAAGAAGCGUCGGGGUCGGAAAAAGAGCAAACUGGAGGACAUGUUCCCUGCCUACCUGCAGGAAGCCUUCUUUGGGAAAGCGCUGUUGGACCUUAGCCGAAAGGCGUUGCUGGUGGCUGGGGAUGGACGACCAGGCUUUGUGCCAGGCGCCCCCAGGGGCAAGGGGGACCCAGGUCCUGAUAGAAAAGAGGCUUCUGCCUCACAGAAAGGGGAGGAUGGACCAGACAUUGCAGAUGAAGAGUCCAGAGGCCCUGAGGGCAAUUCAGAGACUCCAGGCCCUGAAGAUGGAGGCAUCAAGACAUCUCCUGUACCCAGUGACCCAGAGAAACCAGGAACCCCAGGCGAGGGAAUGCUCAGUUCUGACUUGGACAAGAUCCCCACAGAAGAGCUGCCCAAGAUGGAAUCAAAGGACCUUCAGCAGCUUUUCAAGGAUGUCCUAGGCUCAGAGCGGGAGCAGCAGAUUGGCUGUGGGACUCCUAACCUGGAUGGGAGUCACACCCCAAUGCAACAGAGGCCCUUCCUACAAGGUGGGCUUCCUUUGGGCAACCUUCCUACCAGCAGCCCAAUGGACUCCUACCCGGGCCUUUGCCAGUCUCCUUUCCUUGAUAGUAGGGAGCGCGGGGGCUUCUUCAGCCCAGAGCCCGGUGAGCCUGACAGCCCCUGGACGGGCUCAGGGGGCACCACACCCUCCACACCCACAACCCCAACCACGGAGGGCGAAGGCGACGGGCUCUCCUACAACCAGCGGAGCCUCCAGCGCUGGGAAAAGGAUGAGGAGCUGGGCCAGCUUUCUACAAUCUCGCCUGUGCUCUACGCCAAUAUUAAUUUUCCCAACCUCAAGCAGGAUUAUCCAGACUGGGCCAGUCGCUGCAAACAGAUCAUGAAGCUGUGGAGAAAAGUCCCGGCCACUGACAAAGCCCCCUACCUGCAAAAGGCCAAAGAUAACCGAGCAGCUCACCGCAUCAACAAGGUGCAGAAGCAGGCGGAGAGCCAGAUCAGUAAGCAGUCCAAGGCGGGCGACAUAGCCCGCAAAACCGAUCGGCCCACCCUGCACCUACGCAUUCCCCCUCAGCCAGGGAUGCUGGGCAGUCCCCCUCCAGCUUCUGCUCCGACUGUCUUCAUUGGCAGUCCCCCUACCCCAGCUGGCUUGUCUACCUCCUCGGACGGGUUCCUGAAGCCGCCAACAGGCACAGUGCCUGGCCCUGACUCGCCUGGUGAUCUCUUCCUCAAGCUCCCACCCCAGGUGCCCGCCCAAGUGCCUUUGCAGGACCCUUUUGGACUGGCCCCCACCUAUACUCUGGAGUCUCGCUUCCCCACAGCACCACCAGCCUAUCCCCCCUAUCCUGGACCAGUAGUGGCCCCUUCGAAGCCUCAGAUGCUGAGUGCUCCCCCUCGGCCUGGGGCUGGCCAGGCAGGAGAGUUCCAAUCCACCCCACCUGGCACCCCGAGGCACCAGCCUUCCACACCUGAUCCUUUUCUCAAACCCCGCUGCCCCUCACUAGACAACUUGGCAGUUCCAGAGAGUCCAGGGGUGGGUGGGGCCAAGGUUUCUGAGCAGCUGAUGUCCCCUCCACCUUUUGGAGAGCCUCGGAAAGCUCUAGAAAUAAAAAAGGAAGAGCUGGGGGCAGCUUCUCCUGGCUAUGGCCCCCCCAGCCUUGGUUUUGGAGACUCACCUUCCUCUGGGCCCCACUUAGGCAGCCUGGAACUAAAGGCACCAGAUGUCUUCAAAGCCCCCCUGACCCCUCGGGCAUCUCAGGUAGAGCCGCAGAGCCCGGGCAUAGGCCUGAGGCCCCAGGAGCCUCCCUCUGCCCAUGCUGUGGCCCCCUCACCCCCUAGCCAUGCAGACCUGUAUCGCUCAGCUCCUUCUGGCUCCUAUCCUGAGACCUAUUCACAGCCCCCACUGACACCCCGGCCUCAACCUCCACCCCCUGAGAGUUGCUGUACCCUGCCCCCUCGCUCCUUGCCUUCUGACCCUUUCACUCGAGUACCUGCCAGUCCCCAGUCUCAGUCUAGCUCUCAGUCACCCCUAACCCCCCGCCCGCUGUCUACUGAAGCCUUCUGCCAGUCCCCAGUCACCCCAUGUUUUCAGUCACCUGACCCCUACUCUCGUCCACCCUCAAGGCCCCAGUCCCGGGACCCCUUUGCCCCACUACACAAGCCACCUAGGUCCCAGCCCCCUGAAGUUGCCUUCAAGGCUGGACCCCUGGCCCAUACUCCACUAGGAGUAGGGGGCUUUCCAGCGGCUCUGCCCUCUGGGCAGUCUAAUGACCAUCACACUAAAAGCUCUAGUGGCCAGCCUCCAUCUUUUGUCCGCUCUCCUGGGGCAAAUGUGUUUGUGGGCAAUCCUUCCCCCGUGCGCUUCACUUUCCCCCAGGCAGUGGGAGAGCCGACCCUGAAGCCCCCUGCCUCUCAACCCAGUCUCCCUCCACCCCAUGGGAUCAACAGCCAUUACGGGCCAGGACCCACUGUGGGCAAGCCCCAAAGCACAAACUACACAACAGCCGCAGGCAGUUUCCACCCAGGAGGCAGCCCCCUGGGGCCAGGCACGGGGCCGCCAGGUGAGGGCUAUGGGCUGUCUCCGUUGCGUCCACCAUCGGUUUUACCACAGCCUGCCCCAGAUGGUCCUCUCGCCUACUUGCCCCAUGGUGCCCCACAGCGGGGGAGCAUCACUUCCCCGGUUGAUAAGCGAGAAGACUCAGUGUCUGGGAUGGCCAGCUCCCUGGUGGGUCCCGAGCUACCAGGUCCACAGGACCCAAGCAUGGCCAAUCUGAGCCAAACAGAGUUGGAGAAGCAGCGACAGCGCCAGCGUUUGAGAGAGCUGUUGAUCCGACAGCAGAUUCAGCGUAACACCCUUCGGCAGGAGAAGGAAACGGCGGCAGCCACAAGUGCUGUGGGGCCAGGAAACUGGGGUGCUGAGUCCAACAACCCUGCUUUUGAGCAGCUGAACCGAGGCCCCACCUCCUACGCUGGGGCACAGGACAAAAGUGGCCUUACAGGACUGCCCCCUAACAAACUAAGUGGCUCAGUUCUGGGACCUGGCCCCUUCCCUGCAGAGGAGAGACUGUCUCGGCCACCACCACCCCCAACCCCUUCUUCCAUUGACAUGAAUGGCCGGCAACUGGUUGGGGGCACCCAAGCCUUCUUUCCACGGGGGCCCUUCUCUGGACCUCUGCCCCCUCAACAGCAGCAGCAGCUCUGGCAGCAGCAGCAGCAGCAGCAGCAGGCCGCUGUGGCUUCCAUGCGGCUUUCCAUGCCUGCAAGGUUCCCUCAACCACCUGGGCCUGAACUCGGCCGGACAAUCCUAGGCCCUCCUUUGAGUGGGCUUUCCAACCGACCACCCGGCCCAGGGGAGCCACUUCCCGGUCCAGCAGGUCCUCCUCAGUUCAUCGAGCUUCGUCACAAUGUGCAGAAGGGGCCAGGGCCUGGAGGUGCUCCUUACCAUCUUCAGGGUCCCCCUCAGAGACCCCGUUUCUUCUCAGUGCCUGAGGACUCCCAUCGCCUGGCUCCGGAUAGUCUUCGGCCUGUGGCAGCAUCCACCCUGCCCCAACAGAAACCCUCAGCUCCUCCACCCCCUGAACUGAGUAACAACCUCCACCCCCUCCCCCAUGCCAAGGGCCCUAGCCUUCCCGCUAGCUUGGAGCUGGUUGGCCGAUCCCCCUCCAGCGCAGAGGCAGGACGUCCACCCCUGGUCCUGGAAUCUGGAAAACUGCCCUGUGAGGAGCCUGAGCUGGAUGACGACUUCGAUGCCCACAAGGCGCUGGAAGAUGACGAGGAGCUGGCCCACCUGGGGCUUGGGGUGGAUGUGGCCAAGGGUGAUGAUGAGCUAGGCACUCUGGGGAACUUGGAGACCAAUGACCCCCAUCUGGAUGACUUGCUGAACGGGGAUGAAUUUGACCUCUUAGCAUACACAGACCCUGAGCUGGACACUGGUGACAAGAAGGACAUAUUUAAUGAACAUUUGCGACUGGUAGAAUCUGCCAAUGAGAAGGCCGAACGUGAGGCACUGCUGAGGGGCACAGAACCCAGUCUGUCUGGCCCUGAGGAGCGCCCACCCCCUACCACUGAUGGACCUGAUUCCCAUCUCACCCCUGGGGCUGCUGAAGUAAAGCCUAAAUUAGAGGAGGGUGGACACCAGGCCUCUCCUUGCCAGUUCACUGUGGCCACCCCCAAAGCAGACCCAGUACCUCCUGGCACUCUGGGGCUGGGGCUGAAACCUGGGCAGAACUUGCUGGGGCCACGAGACAGCAGGCUGAGCAUGGGUCCCUUUCCUAACAAUGUGCAUACUGCUGAGAAGAGUCCCUUUGGAAGUGCAGCAGGUGCCCCACCCCAGCUACUGACCCCAAGCCCAUUGAGUGGCCCAGGCGGAGCGUCCUUGCUGGAGAAGUUUGACCUGGAGAGUGGGGCACUGACCCUGCCUGGUGGGCCUCCACCAUCUGGAGAUGAGCUAGAUAAGAUGGAGAGCUCCUUGGUGGCCAGUGAGCUGCCUCUGCUCAUUGAGGACCUCCUGGAGCAUGAGAAGAAAGAACUCCAAAAGAAGCAACAGCUCUCUGCCCAGCUACAGCAGCCGCCACCACCGCCCCCACCGCCACCGCCGCCGCCACCCCCACCGCCGCCGCCGCCGCCACCUCCACCACCGCCGCCGCCACCGCCGCCGCCGCCACAGCAGCAGCAGCAGCACCUUUUGCUGGCCACCUCAGGCACUGCCCAGUCCAUGCCUCUGCCCCAAGAAGGUCCAUCUCCUGGCCUGGCUGUUACCCCACAACAGCUUGCACUAGGGCUUGGGGCCCGGCAGCCUGGCCUAGUGUCCACCCAGGCAAUGAUGUCCACCCAGCAACCGUCCCAUGCCCUGCAGCAGCGCCUAGUCCCUCCCAUGGCCAUGGUGCCCAACCAGGGACAUAUGCUUAGCGGAGGACAGGCAAGCUUGGUGCCGCAGCAGAAUCCACAGCCAGUGCUGGCCCAGAAGCCUAUGGGGGCAGUACCACCGUCGAUGUGCAUGAAGCCGCAGCAGCUGGCAAUGCAGCAACAGCUGGCCAACAGCUUCUUUCCUGACACAGACCUAGACAAGUUUGCUGCAGAGGACAUCAUCGAUCCCAUUGCCAAGGCUAAGAUGGUUGCCCUGAAGGGCAUCAAGAAGGUGAUGGCACAGGGCAGUAUUGGGGUGGCACCAGGCAUGAACAGGCAACAGGUGUCCCUGUUGGCCCAGCGGCUGUCAGGAGCUCCUGGCAGCACUGACCUACAGAAUCAUGUGGCAGCUGGGAGUGGGCAGGAGCGGAGCAGCAGUGACCCUUCCCAGCCUCGGCCCAACCCACCCACCUUUGCCCACGGUGUGAUCAAUGAAGCUGACCAGCGGCAGUAUGAGGAGUGGCUGUUUCACACCCAGCAACUGCUACAGAUGCAGCUCAAGGUGCUGGAGGAGCAGAUCGGGGUGCACCGGAAAUCCCGAAAGGCUCUGUGCGCCAAGCAGCGCACCGCUAAAAAGGCUGGCCGAGAGUUCCCAGAGGCUGAUGCGGAGAAGCUCAAGUUGGUCACAGAGCAGCAGAGCAAGAUCCAGAAGCAGCUGGACCAGGUUCGGAAACAGCAGAAGGAGCACACAAACCUCAUGGCAGAGUAUCGGAAUAAGCAGCAGCAGCAGCAGCAGCAGCAGCAGCAGCAGCAGCAGCAUUCUGCGGUGCUGGCCUUGAGCCCUUCCCAGAGCCCCAGGCUGCUGGCCAAGCUCCCUGGGCAGCUGCUCCCAGGCCACGGGCUGCAGCCUCCACAGGGGCCUCCAGGGGGGCAGGCGGGCGGCCUGCGCCUGCCCCCUGGGGGCGUUGCACUGACUGGCCAGCCCAGCGGCCCCUUCCUCAAUACAUCCUUGGGCCAGCAGCAGCCGCAGCAGCAGCAGCAUCCGGCUGGGGCAGGGACCCUGGCAGGCCCCUCGGCAGGCUUCUUCCCUGGGAAUCUUGCUCUCCGAGGCCUGGGUGCUGAUGCACGGCUCUUACAGGAACGGCAGCUCCAGCUGCAGCAGCAGCGAAUGCAGCUGACUCAGAAGCUGCAGCAGCAGCAGCAGCAGCAGCAGCAGCACCUGUUGGGACAGGUGGCUCUACAGCAGCAGCAGCAGGGUCUGGGCCCCAAGCCGCAGGGCCUCCUGCCUCCUGGCAGCCAUCAGGGCCUCUUGGUCCAGCAGCUGUCCCCGCAGCCGCCCCCAGGGCCCCAGGGCAUGCUGGGCCCUGCCCAGGUGGCGGUGUUGCAGCAGCAGCAGCAGCAGCAGCAGCAGCAGGUGCACCCUGGAGGUCUGGGUCCCCAGGGCCCUCACAGACAGGUGCUCCUUGCCCAGCCCCGAAUGCUAGGGUCCCCUCAACUGGCCCAACAAGCACAAGGCCUCAUGGCCCACCGCCUUGUCAUGGCCCAGCAGCAGCAGCAGCAGCAGCCGCCCCUGGCUGGGCUCUCCCAUCUUCAACAGGGACUGAUGCCUCCUAGUGGGCAACCCAAGCUGGGCACCCAGUCCGUGGGGACGCAGCAGCAGCAGCAGCAGCAGCUGGGGCUCCUAAACCAGGGUCGAACCUUAUUGCCUCCACAGCAGCAGCAGCAGCAGUCGCUGCCACCCCCAGCCAGCUCUCUUCCUCAGCAGCAGCAGCAGCAGGUGGCCCUGGGUCCCGGCUUGCCUGCCAAACCCCUCCAGCACUUUCCCAGCCAUGGCGCCUUGGGACCAACCCUCUUGCUGAGCCAGGGGUUGCCUUCAGGCCUACCAGGCAAGGAGCAAGCUGGGGCAGAGACAGUGCUAGUACCCGAGGGCACUGAAGCCUCCUCGGUGCACCUAGGAGGACCAUUGGCAUUGGGUCCUCCGACAGAAACCCUGCCCCCAGAGCCAGUGGAGGUGAAGCCCCCCCUCCCUGGGGACUCUCACCUCCUCCUGUCCCAACCCCAGCCUCAUCCCCAGUCCCAGCCCCAGCCCCAGCCCCAGCCUCAGCCCCAGCCCCAGCCCCAGCCCCAGCCCCAGCCCCAGCCCCAGCCCCAGCCCCCUCAGAUGAACUCCCUGCAGUUACAGGCACCUCUGAGACUCCCAGGGCAGCAGCAGCAGCAGCAGCAGCAAAUCAGCUUACUCCAUCCAGCAGGCAGUGCAAGUCAUGGGCAAAUGGCUGGUGGGCAACCCCCUGAAGUUACUUCCAUGUCCCACCUGCUCACCCAGCCCCUUAGUUCUGUAGGGGAGCGGGCCUCUGGGCUGGAUCGACCCCUGAAAGGGAGCCCUAGGCCACAGCCUCCCAAGCCAGGCCCUCUACCCCACCCUGGGCAGGGUCUGCCAGGGCAUUCAGGAAUGCCCACAGUGGGGCAGCUGCGGGCCCAGCUUCAGGGUGUCCUGGCCAAGAACCCGCAGCUUCGGCACCUAAGUCCUCAGCAGCAGCAGCAGCUGCAGGCCCUUCUCAUGCAGAGGCAGCUGCAGCAAGGCCAGGUGCUAAGGCAAACAGUGCCCUAUCUGGAGCCUGGGACCCAGCCUUCUUCCUUGCAAGGCCUCCUGGGCCGCCAGCCCCAACCUGGGGGCUUCCUGGGAGCUCCAUCGGGGCCUGUACAGGAGCUAGGGGCAGUGCCCCGACCCCAGGGCCCUUCCCGGCUCUCUACGCCACAAGGAGCCAUAGCAUCAGGGUCAACCCUUGGCCUUGUACAGCCUCCUCCUCUGCCAUCCAGCCCCCAAGAGCCAAAGAGACCUUCCCCACGAUUGCUGCCCCCUAGCCCUCAGCUUCCUGCUGAGGCUCAGCUCACCCUUACCCAAACUGAGACCCCAAAGCCCCAAGAAUCCUCCUUGGAGCUACCUUCAGGGGACAUUCCAUCCCCCUCACCGGCUGCCUCCCAGCUUCCAGAUGCUUUCUUUGUCAAGGGACCAGGACCUUGGGAAACCCCAGGCAACCUGGCUGAGGCCCAUAAGCCUGAGCAGAGCAACAUGAGGCCUGGAGAGGUAGAGCAGGUGAAUGGGCAGGAGAUGCCUGAGCCACCCCGACUCAUGAUCAAGCAGGAGCCUCGAGAGGAGCCUUGUGCCCUGGGGGCCCAGGUGGUGAAACGGGAGACUAAUGGGGAACCUGUGGGCACACCAGGCACCAGCAACCACCUCUUACUGGCAGGCAGCCGCUCAGAGGCUGGGCACCUGCUUUUGCAGAAGCUGCUUCGGGCAAAGAAUGUACAGCUUGGCACAGGGCAUGGACCUGAGGGGCUCCGAGCAGAGAUCAAUGGGCACAUUGACAGCAAGCUGGCUGGGUUGGAGCAGAAGCUUCAGGGCACUCCAGUCAGCAAGGAGGAUGCCGCAGCCAAGAAACCACUGACCCCCAAGCCCAAAAGGGUACAGAAGGCAGGUGACAGGGUAGCAAGCUCCCGAAAGAAGCUCCGGAAGGAAGAUGGGGUGAAAGCCAAUGAGGCCCUGCUGAAACAGCUAAAGCAGGAGCUGUCCUUGCUGCCACUUACAGAACCCAGCAUCACCAACAACUUCAGCCUUUUUGCGCCCUUUGGCAGUGGCUGCCUCAUCAAUGGGCGGAGCCAGCUGAGGGGAGCAUUUGGGAGUGGGGCACUACCCACUGGCCCUGACUACUAUUCCCAGCUUCUUACAAAGAAUAACCUGAGUAACCCGCCAACGCCGCCUUCUUCACUGCCACCUACCCCACCCCCAUCAGUACAGCAGAAACUGGUGAAUGGAGUCACUCCUUCUGAGGACCUGGGGGAACAACCUAAAAAUGUAGCCCCUGCCCGAGAGCCUGAUGGGGGACCAAGGGAUGCCCCUGAAGUGAAGAGUUUGGACCUGCUGGCAGCGCUUCCCACUCCUCCUCACAACCAGACUGAGGAUGUCAGGAUGGAGAGUGAUGAGGAGAGUGGCUCUCCUGACAGCAUUGUCCCAGCUUCUUCACCUGAGAGUAUUCUGGGGGAGGAGGCACCUCGAUUUCCCCAGCUGGUAUCGGGCCAGCAGGAGCAGGAGGACAGGGCCCUCUCCCCAGUCAUUCCGAUCAUCCCCAGGGCCAGCAUCCCAGUCUUCCCAGAUACCAAGCCCUUUGGGGCUCUGGAACUAGAACCAACAGGAAAGCUAUCUGCCAACACCUGGGAAAAGGGCAAGGGGAGUGAGGUGUCUGUCAUGCUGACUGUUUCUGCCACGGCCGCCAAGAAUCUGAAUGGUGUCAUGGUGGCUGUGGCAGAGCUGUUGAGCAUGAAGAUCCCCAGCUCCUAUGAGGUGAUGUUCCCAGAGAGUCCUGCCCGUUCGGGAGGUGCCGAGCCCAAGAAGGGGGAAGUGGAGGGGCCUGGUGGUAAAGAGAAAAGCCUAGGGGGAAAGCCCACGGAGGGUGGCAGUGACUGGCUGAAACAGUUUGAUGCAGUGCUGCCGGGCUACACUCUCAAAAGCCAACUAGACCUCCUGAGCCUCCUCAAGCAGGAAAGCCCUGUCCCAGAGCUGCCCGCCCAACACUGCUACAUCCACAACGUCUCCAACCUGGAUGUCCGACAGCUCUCUGCCCCACCCCCUGAGGAGCCUUCCCCUCCCCCUUCACCCUCAGCUCCUUCCCCUGCCAGCCCCCCAGCUGAACCCUCAGCCCCAUCACCCCCACCACUAGUUCCCUCACCUCCGAUGCCUGAAGCAGCUCGCCCCAAGCCCAGAGCCCGGCCCCCCGAAGAGGGUGAGGAUUCCCGGCCACCCCGGCUUAAGAAGUGGAAAGGACUUCGCUGGAAACGGUUACGGCUGCUGCUGACGAUCCAGAAGGGUGGUGGACGACGGGAGGGUGAACGGGAGGUAGCUGAGUUCAUGGAGCAGCUGGGCACAGCCCUCCGACCCGACAAGGUGCCCCGUGACCUACGGCGUUGCUGCUUCUGCCAUGAAGAGGGUGAUGGAGCUACUGAUGGGCCUGCCCGCCUCCUCAACCUAGAUCUGGACCUGUGGGUCCACCUCAACUGCGCCCUGUGGUCCACAGAGGUUUAUGAAACUCAGGGCGGGGCAUUGAUGAAUGUCGAGGGUGCCCUCCACCGAGGGCUACUGACCAAGUGCUCACUGUGCCAGCGUACAGGAGCCACUAAUAGCUGUAACCGGUUGCGAUGUCCUAGCGUCUACCACUUUGCCUGUGCCAUCCGGGCCAAGUGCAUGUUCUUCAAGGAUAAAACAAUGCUGUGCCCUCUGCACAAGCUGAAGGGGCCCUGUGAGCAGGAGCUGAGCUCUUUUGCCGUCUUUCGCCGAGUCUACAUUGAGCGGGAUGAGGUGAAGCAGAUUGCUAGCAUUAUCCAGCGCGGUGAGCGGCUGCACAUGUUCCGGGUGGGAGGACUGGUGUUUCAUGCCAUCGGGCAGCUCCUGCCCCACCAGAUGGCCGACUUCCACAGUGCCACAGCCCUCUACCCGGUGGGCUAUGAGGCCACGCGCAUCUACUGGAGCUUACGCACCAACAAUCGGCGCUGCUGUUACCGCUGCUCCAUCAUCGAGAACAAUGGGCGGCCGGAGUUCAUCGUCAAGGUCAUGGAACAGGGCUUGGAGGACCUGGUCUUCACUGAUGCGUCCCCCCAGGCUGUGUGGAACCGUAUCAUUGAACCAGUGGCUGCUAUGCGCAAGGAAGCCGACAUGCUUCGGUUAUUCCCAGAGUAUCUUAAGGGCGAGGAGCUCUUUGGGUUGACAGUACAUGCUGUCCUACGGAUCGCAGAGUCGCUGCCUGGCGUGGAGAGCUGUCACAACUAUUUGUUUCGAUAUGGACGGCACCCACUGAUGGAACUGCCACUUAUGAUCAACCCUACUGGCUGUGCCCGCUCUGAGCCCAAAAUCCUCACUCACUACAAACGGCCUCACACCCUCAACAGCACCAGCAUGUCCAAGGCAUACCAGAGCACCUUCACAGGCGAGACCAACACCCCAUACAGCAAACAGUUUGUGCACUCCAAGUCAUCCCAGUACCGACGACUUCGCACCGAAUGGAAGAACAAUGUGUACCUGGCUCGAUCUCGUAUCCAGGGCCUGGGGCUGUAUGCUGCCAAGGACUUGGAGAAGCACACAAUGGUCAUUGAGUACAUUGGCACCAUCAUCCGAAAUGAGGUGGCCAACCGUCGUGAGAAGAUCUAUGAGGAGCAGAAUCGAGGUAUCUAUAUGUUCCGUAUAAACAAUGAGCAUGUGAUUGAUGCCACACUUACUGGAGGCCCUGCCAGGUACAUUAACCAUUCAUGUGCCCCCAACUGUGUGGCGGAGGUCGUGACCUUUGAUAAGGAGGAUAAGAUCAUUAUCAUCUCCAGCCGGCGCAUCCCCAAAGGAGAAGAGCUGACCUAUGACUAUCAGUUUGACUUUGAGGAUGAUCAGCACAAAAUCCCCUGCCACUGUGGAGCCUGGAACUGCCGGAAGUGGAUGAACUAAGCUCAGAGGCAACUGGGCGGGGGAAACCCUCCAAAGCCCUUCCCAAAAGGGUUGAAGGGGAAGAGAGCCAGGACCCAGAGUUGGGGCUGCUGGCUGACCAGAGCCCCAGGAGCAGGAUGGGGCUAAGGGCCCCGGGGCAGUGCCCGUUCUGGGCACCAGGGAUGCCUUCCCUCCCCCACCACAGGCCCUAGGCUGGCAUAUCUGCCCCCAGCUCCAGGAGCCGACAGACAGAAACAGCCAUUGGGCAUCUCAGGUUCGGGGGGUGGGGGGGAACUACCCAGCACCGUCUGGGAGGCAGCAGAGACGGUGAGGAGGGUGGCAGCUUGGGUCUCCCAGCCCCAGUGCUCCCACUGACGUCCCCAGCCCAACUCAAGGCUGCAAAGAGACUUGAUUAAGCUUGACAAUCCCAAAGGCUGGGUCCCCACACCUGGCCCUGCCCGCUGGGUCCUGUCCCCACUUCCUAAUCCCCUCCUUCCCUUUCUCUCUGUCUCCCUCUUCUCCUCUGUGUCUCUCCGUCCCUCUUUCCAUCUCUCUCUCUCUCUGGGUUGUGUUUCCUUGUUUUCUCUCUGACAAAUGCAACACGAACGGGAAAGAGGCACCCAACUGCCCGGGUGGGGCGGGCAAGGCAGGCAAGCCGGGCAAGGAGAUCCUGCACCCACACCUACCUCAUUUAAGUGUUGGAUUUUUUGCUGUUUUGAAAUGUGAGACCCUCUCCCCAGCCCUCUAAAUCCCUCAACCCCCUGUCUGAAUUGGGGGUAGAAGAGAGGGGAGGGAAAAAGGAAAAUCUUUAGGAAAAAAAAAUCUGUUUUUAACUGUGGGCAUGGGGUAGUGACUAGGGCUGAUGGGAAGUGAUUGAGAGAGGGUGACCCCUCGAUCCCCUCAGAGGCUGGGCAUCUCUUCCCCCUCUGAACGAGUUGGGAGGGGGAGGUGUUAGGGUUGUGUUUCAGAACCAGGGUGUCCUCCUCUUGUACUCCCAACCCCAUCAUGAGCCCAGUGCCUCCCUCAGCCUCUCCCUGGAAUUGGAGGGGAAAGAGGUUCUCUUGAGUUGUGUACCCAUUCCCCAUGGGGCAAGUUGGGGCCCAGAGCUCCCUACUUCCCCAGCCACCAAACUGCUGCUGGUCUGGUGGGAAAGGGAGGUGUUGGGGGUAGGGGAGCUUAGU